AUGGCCAUUGUUUAUGUUGAGAAACAAAGGAUCCCGAUGUACGGGGGUGUUCAGAACGAGUCAGAGGUGCUACUGAAUGAGCAGAAGACGAGUGAGUCGAACAUAAUCAGGAAGCUGUUCUACAAAACAAAGAACGUGUUCAGGCCCAGGAGCAUCAGGAACCAGUUCUACAAAUUUACGCAGAUGGUACGCAAUUCGUAUGGGAGAAUGAAGCUGGCCGUGAUGAACAUGUUCAUAAACAAAACAGCUGUCACACUCAUCAGUCCAAAGUAA